UUCCAAUUGAGUCUUCAUGCACGAUGAUGCCAACGCAUCCGAAACACAUGUGCACAAGAGCCACGCUCAACGGAAUCGUUUUCUCUCUCCCUCUCUCCCUUUCUCUCUCAGCCAGAAAGUCAAAAGCACAAGCUCUAUUAUUCAUUAUUUAUGCGCUUGUUCUAACAACUUGCCAUACAAAUACGUCUGGGCAUGUCCGGCCGCUUUUCUCCAAGCAUCAGCAAGGGGGAUUGGAAUGUCAAUUCCUGGCAUUCAAAAAUCGAAGCUGCCCUCAAUGUGCUCACAGCAGCUCCGGCUUGUUGAAGUAGAUCCAGAAGAGCACAGCAGGGCCCAGGGAGAUGAUGAAAAUAGCCCAGCCAAGCUGCAGCAAUGCGUAACCCGAGUUGCCAGCAUGCGCGAUCUCAGGCACGGUCAGCACUGCAGCCGAGAUGGCCGCGGCUUGUGCUGCUCGGUCUUUGUGUGUCUCAGUUCGUGCAGCCUCAGGUGCUGCUGAGACAAAAGACAUGGCAGCAAGACCGAAGAGGGCCAAGCAAACAGCCACCAAAAGCAUGGACGAGCGGCGAGCCAUGGUGAACGGAUUUGUCUGCUAAUCUACGGCCUUUUCCUCCCUUUUUGGUCAGCUUGAGCUGAACGCUUCGUAUUUUUUUCGGCUUUGUUCGAUCCUUUGAUGUCCAAAAAAGCUCCAGGAAAGAGCUAACUGCCCGACCGACCACUGAGGACUGGCCAAUGACUCAUCAAGGGCUCCGAGCUCACGUCCAAGCAGCACAAUUGAGUCACUACUUCGAGAAGUCAAAAUCCGCCGCAAAAACGGAGAGGACCCCUUUUGUUUGGAAGGUUGUUGAAAGGAUCCCUUUUGUUAGGAAGGUUCCCUUUUGUUGGGUCUAUUUACUAUUUCUUUCCUCCCCCGCCUCUCAACGCAACACCGAACAUGACAGCUGGGAGGGUCGAAAUAGAACAUGUACCUUUCCAGGACCUGUUCAUUUCCAGCACUUUCCAGCCUUUCAACAGAUUGGUCGACAAAGUCACCUGGAAGAGACCCACGCCACUCGCCCACUAGCUCACUCGCUAGCUCACUCGCGUGAUGGACCGGAUCCUCGC